AUGGAAGGUCUUUUUUUUAACAUAGAUAACGGGUUUAUCGAAGGUGUUGUUAGAGGAUACAGAAAUGGUCUUUUAACAAGUAAUCAAUAUAUUAAUUUGACACAAUGUGAUACUUUAGAGGAUUUAAAAUUACAAUUAUCAUCUACAGAUUAUGGAAAUUUUCUUUCUUCAGUUUCCACUGAAGCUUUAACUACUUCAAUCAUUCAAGAAACCGCAUCCGAAAAAUUAUAUGAAGAGUUCAAUUUUAUUAGGAAUCAAAGUAGUGGUAAUACCAAAUUAUUUUUAGAUUAUAUCACAUACGGUUAUAUGAUUGAUAAUGUAGCAUUGAUGAUCACCGGUACAAUUCAUGAAAGAGAUAAAGCUGAAAUUUUACAACGUUGUCAUCCAUUAGGUUGGUUUGAUACUUUACCAACUUUAACUGUGGCUACUGAUCUUGAAUCAUUAUAUGAAACUGUCCUUGUGGAUACCCCAUUAGCACCAUAUUUUAGGGAUUGUUUUGAUAAAGCUGAUGAGUUAGAUGAUUUGAAUAUUGAAAUUAUUAGGAAUAAACUUUAUAAGGCAUAUUUACAAGAUUUUCAUCAAUUUGUUACCGAUGUUAUUGAUGAACCAGCAAAGGAAAUCAUGCAAGGACUAUUAGGGUUUGAAGGUGAUAGAAGAAGUAUUAACAUUGCUUUGAAUUCUUUACAAUCAAAUGAUAUCGAUGCUAAUUUGAAGAGAGAACUAUUACCUGAUUUGGGGAAAUUAUACCCAGUUGCAACUGAACAAUUAUCACAUGCUACUGAUUUCGAAGGUGUUAGAAUGGCUUUAGCAAAUGUCCCUGAAUAUCGUGGAAUGUUAGAAUCUGGUAAUUUAGAAGAUCAUUUUUAUAAGUUAGAAAUGGAAUUAUGCAAAGAUGCAUUUACACAACAAUUUGCCAUUAGUACUGUUUGGGCAUGGAUGAAAUCAAAGGAACAAGAAGUUAGAAAUAUUACUUGGAUUGCUGAAUGUAUUGCACAAAACCAAAGAGAGAGAAUAAAUAAUUAUAUCUCUGUUUAUUAG